AUGUCCUCAACCUCAACCACCCUGCGCGUGGGAAUCCUCACCGCAGACGAAGGCGCCAAAGCCAUCCAAGCCAUCUACCUCCCAGCCCUCCGUGCGCUUCCCACCUCGUUCCAGGUCCAAGCCAUCCACGAUGGCUCCAAGCAGCCCCUGUCAUACGAGACCGACAUCAACGGCAACAUCUGCAACGACCAUGACCACCACCAGCAGCAGCACGGCACCAGCACCAGCACCGCCAUCCCAAUAGCCCCCACUCCCGACGACAUCCUCAGCAACCCAACCAUCGACCUAAUCCUCAACUUCAUGCCAAACGAGUACCACGAGACCUACACCAUCGCGGCCCUCCACUCCGGCAAACACGUCAUGGUCGAAACCCCGCUAAGCCUAAGCAUCCCCAGCGCCAAACGCAUCAUCGAAGCCGAGAAACACGCCCCCAACGGCGCCAAAGUGUUCGUCGCCUGCGCUCGUCGCUACGCCCCCAGCAUCGCCUCCGUCUUCCGACAAGAAGUCGCCAGUCUCGACCGCAUCUACUACGCGCGAUGCCGCAACAUCGCAGGCCCCAGUUCCGCACACACGGCCACUGCCCCGCGCAAGCAAGUCUGGAACGAGGUGAACGGACACGGCCAACCCUUCCCCAUUUCACCCCCUUCCUCCCCCUCGGACUCCAUGACCGGAAAAACCCGCCCGCAGCUCCUCCAGGGCCUCCUCGAAGAAGCCUUCCUCGGCCAAGACCUCAGCAAAGAGCGCGUCGCCCUGUGCGAGUUCCUCGCGUCCCUGGGAUGUCAUGACUUAGGCCUGAUGCGCGAUACCCUCGGCUAUCCGGACGCCGUGUCCAGCAUCUCCGUCAACGAACCCUAUUACUCUGCUGUCUUUCACUACUAUAGUGGCGGAAAGAGCGAACACGCCUUCACGCUGAUGUACGAGACCGGAACUGAUGCGGUGCCUCGAUGCGAUGCGCAUCUGACCAUCUACGGCGAUACUAAGACCGUGAGCGUGCAGUACGGCCUGCCGUAUGGUCGACGGCACGGGGUGAAGGUGGUUGUCGAGACUGUUGAUGAGAAUGGGGAGAUGAAAAAAUCGGAGACGGUGAGUGCGUGGGAGGAGAGCUAUCGUGAGGAGUUGAAGGCGCUGCAUGCGUAUUUGACGGAGGAUAGGGCUGUGAAGACCACGGCGAAGGAUGCGAUUCAGGAUCUGAGACUGUUUCAGACCAUCUUUGAGCAGUAUGAUCGGCAGUGCGGGACUAUUCGGACUCCAUUGGGUUGA